ACCACCUUCCGCCACCCCCGCCACCCUCUUUUUGAUUUCUUUGCUGGCGCUAGAACUACUUAUUCAUUGACUACGGAAAAGGUCACUACGCGUCGGAGCAGAGCAACCUCGGCGAUUCACCGUGAAUUGCAGUUGUGGAAAAAUCAAUUCGCGCGUGUGACGAAAACAAGUGGCACCAUGACUGUGGGAACGUUUGAUGCGUGGGAUGCGGCGGUAUUGAUUAGCAUUUUGGCCAUUUCGGCACUGAUUGGCAUCUACUAUCGGUACACGGGGGGGAAGCAGAAGACCACGAAGGAAUAUCUGAUGGCGGAUCAGAGCAUGACGACGUUCCCGGUGUCCUUCAGCCUGAUGGCGAGCUUCAUGUCCGCCAUCUCCCUGAUGGGUGUUUCGAAUGAAUCGUAUCAGUUUGGGACCAUGUUUUGUGUUAUCAACAUCGCCUAUUGGAUCAGCACGCCCGUUGCCGCCUAUAUCUUUCUGCCGGUCUUCUAUGGCAUGCAAACGACCAGUGUCUAUGAGUACCUGGAGCGUCGCUUUGGCCAGGCCACGCGUCUGUGUGCCUCCUUGGCGUUCACGAUUCAAAUGGUUCUCUACAUGGGCAUAGCACUGUACGCACCAGCUCUGGCCUUGGAGGCGGUUACCGGCAUACAGAAGAGUACAGCCAUAUUGGUUAUUGGACUGGUCUGCACCUUUUACUCGACACUCGGAGGCCUCAAGGCGGUCCUGAUCACGGACGUCUUUCAGUCGUUUCUGAUGUUCGCCGCCAUCUUUGCGGUGAUUGCUGUUUCCGGGAUAAAGGCUGGCGGCUUGGGUGCCAUCUGGCAGGUGGCCGCGGAGCGUGGCAGACUCGAGAUUACCGAAGUUUCACUUGAUCCAACGGUGCGGCACACCUGGUGGUCUCUAAUCAUUGGCGGCAUGGUCACCUAUCUCUCGCUCUAUGGUGUGAAUCAGACCCAGGUCCAGCGGCUCCUCAGCGUGCACAACCUGAAGAGUGCGCAGUCGGCGCUCUGGUGGAAUUUACCCAUAUUGGGCAUGCUAAGCUUCAGCACCAUCUUCAGUGGGCUGGCCAUCUUCUUCUACUACCGAGACUGCGACCCGCUGCUGGAGGAACGCAUCAGCUCUCGGGACCAGCUCAUGCCACUGUUCGCUGUGGACACUAUGGGGCAAUAUCCCGGCUUGUGUGGACUCUUUGUCUCGGGAAUAUUCUCCGCCAGCCUGUCCAGCAUUUCGUCAGCAGUCACGUCUCUGUCUGCCGUUACCCUGGAGGACUACCUCAAGCCAUUGUACAAAGUAAUUUUUAAGCGGACUCUACUCGACUCCAAGUCCACGCUGCCCACCAAAGUUGUGGCUUUUAUUUAUGGACUGAUCUGCAUUGGACUGGCGUUCGGGGCUGGCUCCCUUGGCGGCGUCCUACAGGCCUCGCUUACCAUCUUUGGCGUUGUGGGCGGACCUCUGCUGGCUGUAUUCACGCUGGGUGUCUGCACGACGCGCAGUAAUCAACGCGGCGUGCUACUGGGCUUCUUGCUGUCGCUAAUCUUUGCCUUCUUCAUUGGCUUUGGUGGACCCAAACCGCAACCGCAGACCCUCUCGUUCAGCACUUCAGGAUGCGCAAACACCACCACAAGUCUUGUCGCAGAGGCUCUGCGCCUUGCCACAGAGAGCAGCAGUCCGGUGGUCAAUGAGCCGCACUACUUAUGGCUAUAUCGACUCUCCUAUCUGUGGUUCAGUGUCCUCGGAUUUCUCAUCGCCUUGGUCAUUGGCUACAGCGCCAGCAGACUGCUGACGUACUUUAAAUGGGCGGACAACUCGCAUAUCUAUUUGGACAAGUACAGGAAACAGCUGGACUACAGCCUAUUUGCGCCUGUAUUGUCUCGCCGGUGGCGGCGCCAAAAUGAGCAACGAGCCCAGUCCAUUCAGGAUGAGACAUUCACCAAGCUAACAGAGCAAUAGUUCCUUCGCGUUAGGUUUAGUAGAAUUUAAUGAACAGUACUCAAAGCCGCAUUAGUUGUAGGGCCUUAGACUAAUUACUGAUGCUGAUGUCGUACCUUAAAGUGCAUAACAAUGUGACCUUUUCGUAUACCUGUGUGAACAAAGCUGGCAUGCAGAUCCGACCAUUACAGAGUCUUCCAUAGAGAAAUAAUUAUAAUAGUUGUUUAUUGUAGCAAAAAAUAUGUUCACGCUUACAAACAUAUAUACAUAUACACUACCUCGUUGACAUAAUCAACAGAUUGUUACAUAUUGAAUACCCACUUAAGAUGUUCCACAGACACUCAGCUAUGACAAUAACUCAAAUUGUGGCCGAUUCUUAAUUUGAAUGCUAGGCAUUGGCAGUCACAAUGCCUGACAUGAAUGUUUUUACCGAAAUACUUAAUAUUAUUUAUUGUUCAGUUACAUAUUUAUAAGUUCAGGGUUAAGAAUAAGAAGAGAUUAGCUCGAUAUCAGGGUUUUACAGUGAUCACCCCCUACUAAUAGUUAUGGAAAUGUUUAGAUUUUUGUGCGAGAAGCACUCGCAUACGCAUCUUCUCGUACUGGGCAAUUUUGUGACCUAUUUAUAUACUUACAUAAAUAUAUAUACAAAGAUGUACAAAAAAUACUUCAUACGAGUCGCUACCAAUUAUUGAACAAGAUUUACUGUGUAUUUGCGCAAAAACUAUUAAAAUGAAGUGUUCAACUAUGUA